AUGGCUGCUCCAGCCACGUCACUCAUCAAGCCCUACACCUGCGAGCUCUGCGGCAAAGCCUACUUGCACCAGGGCAUGCUGCAGCAGCACCGCUGCCUGCACACAGGCAAGCGGCCCUACGAGUGCCCCUUCUGCGCCCAAACCUGCACCUGGUCCUCGGACUGCCACAAGCAUAUCCGCACCCACAUGGGUGAGAGGCCCUAUGGCUGCGCCAACUGCAGGAAGGCCUUCGCCUGCUCCUCCAACCUCUGCGAGCACCAGCGCGACAUGCACCACGAUAAGCCCUGCCCCUGCCCCGACUGCGGGCAGAGCUAGCAAGCCCUCUCCCUGCUCCACCAUCAGCGGGCACACUUAGGGGCCACGCCGUUCCAUUGCCCCAGCUGCGGGAAGGCCUUUGCUGUGGCCAGCUGGAUGGUGGAGCACCAUCGGGUCCACACCAGCGAGUGGCCCUUCGCCUGCCCCCACUUCGCCCAUGCAGCCACCCUCAAGCGGCACCAGCAGUUCCACAGUGGCCCCCUGCACUGCCAGUUUAAAGCCAGUGAGUGCAAUCUCUACCAGUACAAGUUCCAGAGAUCCCCGUGA